AUAAAAUCGUUGUAUACACAGGAAUUAAACUUAACUAAAAGGAAAUUAUAUAAAUCUUAUGACAUAUCUUAAAUAUUUAAUUUUCAAAAUAGUAUUUAUAUUACUGUAUAUUAUUUGGUUUGAGCUUCACAAACUUAACGGAUUUCACGAUUAGCAGUCCAUAAUAUCUACUCUCCAAGAUACAACCUUGCUAUCCAAAAUAUAUCUACCGUUCAAAAUACACUUUUCUAUCCAAGAUAUGUCUAAUAAAAACACUCGAACCCUGGAAGAAGUUAUUCACGAUCCAAACAAUGGCCACGGCUGCGAAGGACAUUGUGGCACGGCAAGCUGUUGCGGCAACGAUCAAGCUGACUGUCCCAGCUGGAGCAGCAAAGCCAGUUGCGCCUGUAGGUCCGACGCUAGGUCAGUACAGGGCCUACAGGCUGAACCUGAUGGCAUUCUACAAGGACUUCAACGCCAGGACACAAAAGUACAAACCAGACACUCCGAUGGCCGUGAAGAUAACGGCGUACAAAGACAACUCGUUCGAGUUCACCAUUAAGUCUCCUUCUAUGUCGUGGUACAUCAAGAAAGCGGCUGGGGUUGAUAAAGGGAGCGCACGUCCGGGGCACUUGACGGUAACGACGCUUUCUGUGAAACACGUGUAUGAGAUAGCGAAAGUAAAGCAGACGGAUCCGUUUUGUCAGUAUAUGCUAUUGGAGUCAAUUUGUAAAUCUAUCAUUGGUACUGUAAACUCCAUGGGAAUCAAGAUUGUUCAGGAUUUGGAGUGAUUAAAGGUUCUACUUCUUGCUUUUAUCAUAUUAUUCCUCAGUACUUUAUUUGUUAUUUUGUGGCGUAAAUACUACUUCUUCCACUCUAGAUUAAAAUAUUUUCCUAGUUCCAAAAACAUUUGUUCCAACCAAAAUAAAAUAAAUAUCAAACCUAACCGUGGUCCCUAUACGGACUAGACUCAUUGAUACACGGACACCUAGAGUGUCGAGACAUCCCAAAUCCAUAAGGUUUAGUUACACAAUAGGUAGUGUGCGUGUGUUUAAAUUUCACAUGACAUUUUAUGUAUGCUGUUUCACAUUUUUGCCGGGAACCCAAGCAUUAUAUAUAGUCCCUCCCAACGUGAACUGAAAGUGGUUUUAUGUAUGUUUUGUUCUAAGUAUGUGUUUCUUUAUGCUAUGUACAAGGACCAAUACAACGAAAUAGCUUUUAUCUUUUGAAUCCAAUAUCAAAACGAUAAUGGAAUGGUAGCUAAGCUUUGCUCCUUUAGGACUCUGUGGAAGUAGAUGCCUCAUGUUUGUUUGUUACUUGUUGCUUAGUAAAGAAAAUAUAAAGCUUUGGCUUAAGGCAUUAUCUUUAUGCUUAUAGGGAUAUUUAUAAGAGUAUUAUUUUGUUUUAAAUGAUAAAACAUCUUUGCUAACCUCUUCUAACUUGAACAUAGAUUACUACUUACAUUUUAAAGAAUUC